AGUCUCCUGACAUUUGACAAGAAUGGAUUUCAACUGCUGUCUCUAUAAAAUUGGGGAAGAACUGGACAGUGAAGAACUUGCCUCCCUCAAAUUCCUGUGCAUCGAUAACAUCCCACAGAGGUUGCAGGAAUCCAUCAACGAUGCUUUGAUGUUAUUCCAGAUACUUCAGGAGAAGAAUAAGUUGGGAGAGGAGGACAUGUUCUUCUUGAAGGAACUGCUUUUCCGAAUUCAUAGAUGUGAUCUUUUGGGAAAACAUCUAAAAACCAGUGCAAGAGACAUGGAGAACAUGCUUCAGAUACCAGGCAGGGCUCAGAUCUCUGCUUACAGGGUUAUGCUUUUUCAAAUUUCAGAAGAAAUGAGCAAAUAUGAAGUGAAGCAGUUUAAGUUUAUGUUGAAGGGUUUGAUUGCCAAAUGUAAACUAGAUGAUGACAUGAAUAUGCUUGAUAUUUUCAAAGAGAUGGAAAAGAUGGACAUCCUAGGGGAAAAUUCCUUGAACAUCUUGAAGGAUAUCUGUCAGAAUAUCAAGAAGAGCGUGCUGAAGAUUAUCCAGGAUUAUGAAAAUUCAAAUAAAGUGGAAGGGUCUCUGGCCAUGCUGACAAUGGAUGAUUCUCCUCAAGAACAAAGCAGCGAGCUCCAGACAUCAGAACUGUUUUACCCAAUGAAAAAUAAACCUCGAGGAAUCUGUGUGAUCAUUAACAAUCAUGAUUUUAGCCAAGCACGAAGAACGGUGCCAAAUCUUAAGUCCAUGAAAGAUAGAAAUGGUACAGAUAUGGAUGCAGAAACAUUGAAGAGGACCUUCUAUGAUCUUCAUUUUGAAGUAGCAAUUCACAGAAACCUCACCAAGAAUGGAAUCUGUGAGAUUAUGCACUUCUACAAACAAAUGAACCAUAAGGACAAGGACUGUUUCGUCUGUUGCAUCCUCUCCCAUGGGAACAAAGGCAGCAUCUAUGGCACUGAUGGGCAGGAGGCCCCUAUCUAUGACCUGACUUCUUGCUUCACUGGUAUCGAGUGUCCUUCCCUUGUAAACAAGCCCAAGGUCUUUUUUAUUCAGGCUUGUCAAGGAGACAAUGUUCAACUAGGGAUAGCUACUGAAACAGACUCAAAUCAGUUGGAGACGUGUGACAAAAUGGAGGAAAUUGCUCUGAAGAAGUAUAUCCCGAAUGAUGCUGACUUCCUCCUGGGGAUGGCCACUGGGUACAGCUAUGUUUCCUAUCGAAACAUCUCAGAGGGGACCUGGUAUAUCCAGUCACUUUGUCGUCACCUGACCGAAGGAUGUCGUAGUGAUGAUGAUAUUCUGAGCAUCCUCACCAAAGUGAACAAUGAAGUGAGCUCUAAGGAUGCCAACAUUAAUAGGUACAAACAGAUGCCACAACCUUCAUUCACUCUGAGGAAAAAACUCAAGUUCCCUGUGAAUUGAUGCUGCUGUUGAGUUACCUAAUAUGAUGCUUAAUUUAUUGUCUACAAAGAGUUUAUUUUUGGUUUUUAUUUUGUUGCCUGAUGAAAGCAGGGAGAUGGGAGUCAUGGUCAUUAAUCUGAAUGCAAAUCCAAGUCUAAAUCCCUGGCUUCACUAUUUACAAUAGGCAGAAACUGGAAAAACCCAGGUGCCUGACAACAGAUGAGCGGCUAAAGAAACUGUGGUACCAUUGCUAGGGAGCACAUCAAACCAAAUCAAGAAAUGAAAGGCUCAGUCUUGGUCCUUCUGUGUCAUUCAUUUCAGGAGGGACUUGAUUUGUCGCUUA